AUGGAUUACCUGCCCAAGGAGGCCACUGCUGGGCAGUCCUUUGAGGCAUCUCACGAUACCGCACUCUGUCUGAUACCUCCGCCCCAGCUUUGGGGUCCCGUCAAUACGCUCCGGUCACUCAAUGACGAGAAAUUCACAAAGUGGCCGCCUCAUGUCACUCUCAUCUACCCAUUCGUCAGGCCGGAAGCUCUCCCUGAAGUGACCGAGGCGCUUUGCCGUUCUCAUCUCAGGCCACAGGACGAUGACAUCUCCAUCAGCCUGGAAGAGCCUGGAGUCUUCUCGCACCGUCGACGGAGCAAAACAGUCUUUAUUCGGCCGAGUCCUGGACCAGAGGCCGAUCGUCUAUCAGACAUGAGAGACCGGAUACACCGCUUCCUUGGAUGGCCCAAAGGCAGAGACUAUCAGCCUCAUAUGACGCUCGCCCAGAGCGAGGACGACUCCACAUCGUGGCACCAGUUUCUCCUGGAAAAGGCACGGCUUUUGACGCCGCUGACAUGGCGCAAUAACCAGCUCGCAGUCAUGAUACGUGAUCCGGCGUCACCCGGCAGUUCGGGAGGUUCUCGGCCGAUGCGGCUCUGGGGAUACAUCGAUCUGACAUCUCGGUCUGUCGUGCGCGACUCGGCAGCCUUGGCUGCAAUUCCCAGUCUGCCAGUGGAUGCUUCUCUGCCACGAGCCCAAGCUACCUUCUGCUUCAACGAAGAACAUGAGUUGUGGGAGCCUCUACGAGGUCCAAUCACUGACACAGCUGCUGAACCGACCUCUCUCACCCGGCUUGUCGUCGCCUCAUAUAACGUCAUGGCUGAAUUUGACUGGCCUCCGAGUUCCUCUCGUUAUCCUGCCCUUGUCGGCAAUAUCGUGUCCGAACGCGCCUCAGCUGAUAUCCUUGUUCUUCAGGAAGUCACAGACCACUUCCUCAGUUUCCUGCUGGAAAACACCAAUGUUCGCUCACAAUAUCCUUACACUACUCAUGGACCACCUAAUCAGCAUAGCGUUGGCCCUCUACCAAGCCAUUCGAAUGUCGUGGUUCUCAGCAAGCUUCCAUUUCUGUGGGAGUAUCUUCCGGGUGUUAUAAACCACAAGGGCUUUGGGAUUCUCCAGUUUCCCAUGGUCAAAGUCGACAAACUCUCAGACCCUCCCCCGUUGCCCCUGGUACUGGCAGCUUGUCAUCUUAGCAAAGGGCUGACGGACGCUGCCGUCGCCACGAAGCGAGAUGAGGUGAAGAGACUUGUCCGGUACUUGGUCUCGUCGUUCCCUCAGCAUCCCUGGGUGAUUGCUGGCGAUUUUAACCUGGCCUCAUCUUCGCGUACGAUUAAUGGAGCGCUGGAAAAGAGCGACAUUACGGAAAAAGGCCUUGAGUCUCUUCGAGAGAUCGAGGCGGCACUGUCAGGAGCCGGGCUGCAAGACGCAUGGUUGGCCUCCCGAGUUGGUCCUGGAGAAUCCUCGAGCACAAAAGGCAAUCAUGAAUCAACCUUGGAGCUUUACGAGGGAGAGCAAGGGGCAACCUUUGACCCAAUGGCCAACCCCCUUGCCGCGGCUUCGAGUGGCGUUGACGGCGCUCGCCCACAAAGAUAUGACAGAAUACUGGUCACGAAGUCUGCUCCGUUCAAACCCCGCGGAUUCAACAUGUUCGGUCAAGUCAUGGACGCCAAAGAGUCUGCCUCUCAGGGACCUGCCAGUGACCACUGGGGCAUCCGCUGUCUCCUUGCGGCGUCUCCUCACAAUGCAGACGCUGCUGCACCACCGUCAAAUGCCAACAUGCAAGCCAUUGGUCUACACAAAGCCGCACUCACAUUGGGCAAUUUCGAAGAGCUGAAAGACAGCUUGAUAUCUAGUGGCCAAUUUCCCGCUGCUGCUGACGCAGAAUCAAGAAACGAGGCAAUAGCUCUCCUGAAAACGACUCUACUGGAGACGGAUGCUGAAAGCGCUGGUAGCAGUAUGCGCUCACAGGUGCAGCUUGUUCUCAUCCCCGUGGGAUCCUUUGGCCUCGGCGUCUGGACUAGCUCUUCGGAUGUAGACUGCCUCUGUGUGGGAAACAUUAGUUCCCGGACCUUCUUCGCCUUGGCCGUACAAAAGCUGAGGAAAGCCUCUGCAAGCGGUAUCAAGAUCUUACGUCGUGUCAUGGCGAAUACUGGGACGAUGCUCGAGCUGGAGGUUCGUGGCAUCAAGUUUGAUCUCCAGUAUUGCUCUGCCGCAGCCAUAGCCCAGGGAUAUCCUGAAGUAUUCAAACGACCCUCGUCAGAUCCCAUCUUUGCUUUGCCGCUCCAGUCGUUGGCCAAACUCAAGCCUGCCCGGGAUCUCUUCUAUCUCCGGAGGUCCAUUCCCGACGUGACCAAAUACCGUGUGGCACACCUCUUCGUCAAAGCCUGGGCGAAAUCGAGAGGCCUGUAUGCGGCAAAGUUUGGCUUGCUGGGAGGCAUCCACAUCACCUCUCUGCUGGUGCCCGUCUGCAAGGCACUGGCCGACGAGCCUGAGGCAGCUUCCACAGCCGAUAUUCUAACCUCCUUUUUCCACCACUACUCGACGUUCGACUGGGCCACAGGAGCGGUCUUUGAUCCCUUCUACCAUACUGAAUUGAGAUACCAUCGCACAUCCAGGGAGCCCCUUUGUCUCCUUGGUUGGCAUGGACCGUCUCUGAAUACGGCGUCCGGCGCCUCCAUCUCCACCGUCAACGCCCUGGCUUCCGAGUUUGCCAGAGCAGCGGCCCUUCUUUCCCAAGAUGGCAUGACCUGGAGCAAGUUCCUCGGCGUGGGGCAUUCUGAACCGCCGUCCAGUUUGAUGGAGAAAGGGGCUGCUGAUAUCCUCGACUCAUAUCGAACCUACAUCAAGAUCAGUGCCCGCUACUGGGGGUCGUCCCAGCAAAAGGGCAGAAAAUAUUUGGGCUGGCUGGAAUCGAGGCUGAUCUCCAUCCUCGUCGACAUCAGCCGAAAGACUCCGGGCAUCGUGCCUCGCAUCUGGCCAAUUCGAUUCACAGACGAGGAGCCAUCCAGCAACAGCACCGAGGCCGAGAACCGGGAGCUUGCCGCCUGUUACUUGAUAGGCCUCAAACGGGACGACACUGUUGCAGAAGAAUCCGCGGCGAGUUUAACCACCGCAGAGGGGGCCAUCCAAGUCAUCAUCCAAGAGUUCGAAUCUCGCAUCCAGAAGAGCGACAAGUACUUCGAUGCGGAGCACUGCUGGGUGAGCGCUUCCAUCACCCGUCGAUCUAGCCUUGGUCCUGUGCGGGUCGCCCCUGAGCAGCUCUAUGAUUACGAUGGCGCCGAUACCGAUCUUGACGAGGACGAGGACGACUCGGAUGAAAUCGAAAACGAGACAGAUGGCGAUGCUCUCGCCUCUAACAAAGACCCUCGCGUUUCGAAGACGGGCAUUUCCCAUGUCAAACCGCCCGGAGCAGGCAAACUCCGCACCGCAGUCGACGCCCUGAACCGCAUCCGCUGGGAUCCAGGCAUGGACUCCGGCGACUAUGUAGUUGGCUAUGAAGAUCGUUUCCUCGGAGCCCAGGAGAAGGCGCUGGACAACUGGCGCACCGAGCAGACGGACGAGGAGUUUAUUCCGCAGCAUCGGAUUUUGUACUUUAAGCGUAAGAGUGAUGGGGUCAUUGUCUGGGAUAGGAGGUCACGAGUAGACGCUAUUUUUGGGAGUGGAUGA